GCUUUGUCAAGGUCGGAGACUUGCCGGCGAGGGACGAAAUUGAUGAUGGUAUCAAGAAUAAAGUACAAAUUUUGGACGUGCUGCUUGAGUAUGAGGGGGCUAUAGACUUGAAGGAGGUAGAGACCAUGUUUCUUCAACAGCGCUACGAAGAUCUUCCGCCUCCUAUCAAGGUCCCGGGCAACAACGUGACCCCAUUCACUAUGCAGCUGGUAGUGCUACCCCUCGCAGAAGGAAAAUGGAACAUCGUCAAACACAUUCGCUUUGCUGACUGCGCAAAGGUCAUGAACAACACCAUCAAGUCCAUGUCUGUUGGCCGCGCUCUGGAGAUCGACUACCAGAAAAAUUUUAAAGACGGAAGCCGUGCCCUACAGUACCUUCUGGAGGGCAUGGGUGGAUUUCAAGUUCGCUACCAAAAGCUCGUGCCUGCAAACAACAGCAAGCUUGUCAGGGAAACGGAAGACAUCAGGAAGGGCUUCCAGUAUAUCCGCGAGAACGGCCCGCAGGACAACUCCACGGACCAGUUCACCAGUUGGACAGAAGAGGAGGUGAACAACCCCAACGGCAUCCUCUAUCGGUGGGAUAGAGGCACGGUGAAAGAGUUUCUUCGCUGCCUUGCAGAUCAGGGAAGCCAGCCCAACACUAUUUCCGAUUGGCUUCUGGUAGACUUCAAGCCAUGGGCCCUAAACCUUAUCGUCGCACCGUUGUCGCCUUUCGUCCUCGAGCAUGCCAUCAUCUGGAUUAAAGUCCGAGAUCGGGAAGCCGUCGCUGAGGUUUCCGGCAUAGAUCGGAAAACAAUGGCUCGCUACAAUGUUUCCUUCGACAUCUUCUUCAACAUCGCGCGUCCGUCGUUCCACAGAGACUUCAAUCAAGCGGAUUUCAUUGCUGUGUUCAAGCGCUCAGCAGUGGUCGUCUUCACGGAGAUUGGCAUCUACGAGCAUGUGAAACGCCAUGCCUGGCCAGACAAAGAUCGCGGGAUGUUGUCUGUCUGCGCAAGGCCCAGGUACCAUGCGUAUUUGAGGGGCAAGCUGUCCGCCAACGGAGCAGACGCUGACCAUCUUCAAUGGUCUCUGAAUCUGCUGCAAGCUGCACUUGACGGUGAAGUCGUCUCUUCUUGCACCACCAUCUUUGGCAAGAGUGCCUUUGCGGGGCAGAAGUUCAUCCAGGAGAACCGCCCCGAACUCGCAGGCAUUGAUGCCAACACUAUCUUCUACCCUGACAAGGACACUUCUGGCGCUCUUGAAAGAGAAUCCAAAAGGUUCAAGUCCGUCAAAUCCGCAAGCAACUUGCUGGCACCCGCAUCUUCAGCAUCUUCAAGCGCCCAGCACGCCAAACCAGAGCACGAGGUUCAAGAGCAUGAGCAGGCAGGCCGCGAUUCAUUUCCUUCUACCGUCAACAAAGAGGAGGCCAUGAAGAAAGAUGAUGAGGCCGUCAAGUUCCGAGGG